AUGGCGUCCUCUUCCUCCUCGGGCUCAACCUCAACAGCCCGGGGCUCAGGCGCCCGGGACCAACACCUCAUCGUCGUCUCUAAUCGCCUCCCCGUAACAAUCAAGGCAGACAGCAGUGUACCCGGAGGCUACACCUUCUCCCUUUCCUCUGGCGGACUCGUAUCCGCACUUUCGGGCGCCAAGAAGAGCAUGUCUUUUACUUGGAUUGGCUGGCCUGGCCUAUCGGUUCCAACAGCCGACGAAGCCUACAUCGCAGAGAAGCUCAAGCACGACUACUCGUGCGAGCCAGUAUGGCUCGACGAUGAUGUAGCUGAUGCCCACUAUAAUGGCUUCUCCAACUCGAUCCUGUGGCCCUUGUUCCACUAUCAUCCGGGAGAGAUGGAGUUUGAUGAGCAUCACUGGCUUGCAUAUAGGGAGGCGAAUUUGAGCUUUGCCGAAAAGGUGCGAGAGGUCGUCAGGCAGGGCGAUAUGGUUUGGGUACAGGACUAUCACCUCAUGCUGCUCCCCCUCAUGCUCCGCACUCUAAUCGAGGGCUCUUCAAAUCAAGGCGCCCACUCGCAACGAGAGCUAGACCAUGUCCGGCACGGCUUGGACGGCACGUCCUUCCUUCAAGGUAGUGAGGACCUCGCCCCUGCUCCUGCGUCUGCCAAGAUCCAGCAAGCGCGCGGCAAUGGCAAGGGAACGGCCGACGGCUCUUCGCGCCGAGGAGCAAUCAAGAUUGGCUUCUUUCUGCACACUCCCUUCCCCUCUAGCGAGAUCUAUCGUAUCCUCCCUGUGAGGAGAGAGAUCUUGCUAGGCAUCUUGCACUGCGACUUGAUCGGCUUCCACACCUACGAUUAUGCCCGUCAUUUCCUCUCCGCGUGUACACGCAUCCUCGGUAUCCCCACCAUGCCCAACGGAGCAGAGUUCGAGGGACGAUACGUGCACGUCGGUACAUUCCCCAUUGGUAUCGAGCCGGCAACCUUCCAAGACGGGCUCAAUCGCGAAGCAGUACAGCAGCGUAUCAAGAGCCUGCAGCGUCGAUUCGAAGGAGUCAAGAUCAUCGUGGGCGUAGAUCGGCUGGACUACAUCAAGGGCGUGCCACAAAAGCUCUACGGACUCGAGCAAUUCCUUUCGGACCACCCGGAGUGGGUUGGCAAAGUCGUGCUAGUACAGGUGGCCGUCCCCUCCCGACAGGACGUGGAGGAGUAUCAGAACUUGAGAGCAAUCGUCAACGAGGCCGUGGGGAGGAUCAACGGCCGCUUUGGAACGGUGGAGAGCAUGCCGAUUCACUUCCUGCACAGGAGCGUCAGUUUCGAUGAGCUCUGCGCGCUCUACGCUAUCAGUGAUGCGUGUCUCGUAACCAGCACCCGUGAUGGGAUGAAUUUGGUAUCCUACGAAUACAUCGCCUGCCAAGAAUCCCGCAACGGGGUCAUGAUCCUUUCCGAAUUUGCAGGCGCAGCCCAGUCUCUGAAUGGGUCACUCAUCGUUAACCCUUGGGACAAGUUCGCCGUGGCCGACGCAAUUCAAGAGGCCUUGACUAUGCCCUCUGAGACGAGGAAGGCCAACUUUGAGAAGUUGAGCAGAUAUGUCGGCAAGCACACGGCGAGCUGGUGGGGAUCAAGCUUCGUCAAGGAGCUGCGCGAUCUCAAGGUUACUGCGAGAGCAGGAGGGGAUGGUACAAGUGUCGACGAAGGGGGAGAUGGUUGCGAGGUGGAUCACGAACGGUAG